AUGCUUACUACUCUGCUGGAUCACUUGCGGGACAUUGAGGGCCUGACCGGGACCAAAGCGUCGUGUCGCGAGGGCGGGUGCGGAGCGUGCGCGGUGCAAGUUGUCCGUGCUGGCGGCGGGCCUGGGACCGGCUCGAUCAACGCCUGCCUCUGCCCGCUGGCCUCGCUCGAGGGCGCCAGCGUGACGACGGUCGAGGGCGUGGGUUCGUCCAAGACUGGACUCCAUCCGAUCCAAGAGCGGUUGGCGGCCGCCAACGGCUCGCAGUGCGGCUUCUGCACGCCCGGCAUGGUCAUGGCUGCGUACUCGCUCGUCCAGUCGCUCGACGGGCCGCCGACGCACGCCGAUAUCGAGCACGCACUCGACGGCAACCUCUGCCGGUGCACCGGCUACCGCGCCAUUCUCUCGGCCUUUGGCACGCUUGCCGACGGCAACGAGCCGGUUGACCGCGUCGAUCAGCUCGCGCCGAGUGAUGGCGACACUGCCGGCCCGCAGCACUUUGUGGCGCCUGCCGGGAGCUCGUGGUACGCACCGACACUGCUGAGCGAGCUGACGGCGGUCGUCGCCGGCCUGCCCUCGCUCGACGGCGUGCGGUUUGUGGGCGGCAACACGUCGCGCGGCGUGUACCACGACAUCGACGAUGCCUCGGUGGUCUACAUCUAUCUUCGCCGCAUCGCCGACCUGAGCGCGGUGGGCGGGAGCGACGCCGGCCUCGAGCUCGGAGGCGGCACGACGAUUGCCCAGCUCAUCUCGGCGCUCGACGCGGCGUCGACGCGGUCGCCAACCUCGUUCCCCGCCGCGGUCGAGCAUCUCCGCAACAUCGCGUCGACCCACGUCCGCAACGCCGCAGGCUGGGCCGGAAACCUGGUUAUGGUCCGCGACCGCGGCUUUGCCUCGGACGCUGCUACCGUGCUUGCCGGCCUCGGCGCCGAGCUCGAGCUGUACAACGCUGCGACCGGGGCGACGUCGAAGAGCUCGGUCCUGGACUUUGUUUCGGCUCCGCCGCCAGCCGGCGAGCUUGUCCUUGUCACCAAGCUCAUCAUCCCGUUUGCGUCCAAGUCCGAGUCGUUCCACUCGUACCGGACCGCCAUCCGGCCGGUCAACUCGCACGCCCUCGCCAACGCCGCCUUUUACGCCAAGACUAGCGCCGACGGCACUGUGGAGGCGGCGCGGUUGGUCUUUGGCGCCGUCGGCCCAGCACCGGCUGCACCGGCUGCCGCGGUCGAUGCGCUUGUCGGCCACCGAUUUGACCAAGGCACACUCGCCGCGGUGAUGGCGGCGGUUGAGGCCACGAUCGAGGUCGAGCCUGAGCAUGCGUACGUGACCGUCGACCAGCCCGACGGCAAGGUCGCGUACCGCAAGGCGCUCCUCGGAUCGUUUGUGUACAAGUGGUUUGUCGCCAAGGCAACCGGCGUCGAGCAGCCGCCGCUCCACCGGAUCCGCCCGGCGCCGUCGGGCACGCCCGACUACGAGACAGACGGUGCCCACUUGGCGUGUACAAAGCUCUCGGCGCCGCUGCAGGCAACCGGCGAGGCCGUGUAUACCGGCGAUCUGCCAGCAGGCAAGCGCGACCUCUACGGCGCCUUUGUCAUUUCAACCCGCGGCGCGGUCAUGCUCGAGGCCGUCGACGUGGAAGCCGGGCUCAAACUGCCCGGCGUCGUCGAUGUCAUUGUUGCCGCAGACAUUCCGGGUGUCAACGACAUCGGAACGGUGCCUGGCGAGGACUUGGUGCUCUACGGCGAGCAAGUUCCGUUUGUGGGCGCGCCGGUAGCGUUUGUGGUGGCUGAGACGCAGGCUGCCGCCGACGCCGCCGCGCGCAGGAUCCCGGUCUCGUACGGUAGCGCGUAUGAGCCGACAUGCCUCACGGUCGAGGCCGCCAUGGAGGCUGGUCGGUUCUUGCCGGGGACUGACGGUGAGAUCUCGCGCGGCGAUGCGGCGAGCGCGCUCGAGUCUGCGCCACGCAAGCUCUCCGGCCGGCUUUACGCCGGCUCGCAGAUACACUUUUACAUGGAGAAGCAGACAGCAGCGGCACUGGUCGAUGAGGGCGACCGGAUCAAGCUCGUUGCGUCGACGCAGGGCAUCGACUACUUGCGGACGCGGGUGGCCGGCGUCCUUGGUGUCUCGCCGGAACAGAUCGAAGCGACGUGCCGGCGGUGCGGUGGCGCGUUUGGCGGCAAGGCCACGCGGCCGAUUGGGGUCACGUCAGCGGUGGCGGUGGCCGCGACCAAGCUCGGGCGCAACGUCCGGUGCACGCUGCCCAUUACGACGGACCAGGCCAUGGUCGGCGGACGGUCGCGGUACGUGGCUGACUACACGGUCGGGUUUGAUGACGAUGGCACCAUUGUCGGGCUCACUAUCGACGGCGUCGGAGACUCGGGCUGCGCCUACGACUUUAUCACCUUUAUGACGCACGAGUACGUCGAAGCCCUCGAUGACGUGUAUUUUAUUCCGCACGCCAAGUUUACGGUCAAGGCCGUGAACACGCACACGGCUGCGACAACGCCUGUCCGUGGGCCGGCGCAUCCGCAGGCAACCUUUGCCAUCGAGUCUGUGCUUGACAUUGUGGCGGCGGAGACCGGACUCUCGCCGGACGUCGUUCGCAUGCGCAACAUGUACACCGCGCAGAACGCCAUUGCCAUGAACGGCAUGUUCAUGCGCGGCAUGAACGUGGACGAGAUGGUGGCCAAGGUCAAGGCUGACGCUGGGUACGACGCGCUCGUGGCCGAGGUGGAGGCGUACAACGCACAGUCCAAGUGGCGCAAGCGCGGCAUCUCGGUCCAGGGCACGAAGUACGGGGUGGCGCAGAUGGCGGCAUCGGGCGCGUCGGCGCUGGUCAACGUCUCGGGCACUGCGACGGUGACGGUCUACCACGCCGGCGCCGAGAUCGGGCAGGGUAUCAACACCAAGGUGGCGCAGGUGGUGGCCAAGACGCUCGGCUGCCCGCUGGCAGUGAUCAAGGUCUGUGACUCGUCGACCGACGCGCUGCCCAACAUGAUUGUCACCGGCGGCUCGGUGGCGUCGGAGGCGUGUUGCGAGGCGGCCCGACAGGCGUGCCUCGACAUCAUCGAGCGGACUGCCCAUAUCAAGGCCGAGUUGUGGCGCAAGGCCGAGGACGGGGCCGAACCAGGCUUUGCCGACAUCAUUCCCGUGGCCAAGGCCCAGCACGUCUUGCUCUCGGCGUCGGCCAACUUUGUGCCACGCGGGCGACGCGACCGCGGCCCGCGGGGGCGUCCGUGGAAUACCGACGGGGUGCAGUACUUUGCCUUUGGCGCCGCGCUCUCGCUCGUUGAGGUCGACAUCCUCACCGGCGAGGUCACCAUUCUCCGCUCCGAUGUGGCCUACGACUGCGGUAACUCCCUCAACCCGCUCAUCGACAUCGGCCAGGCUGAAGGCGCGUUUGUCAUGGGCCUCGGCUCGUACUUUACCGAGGACCGGCUGGUGACGCCGUCGGGCGGCAACGCAGCCGACGGCACCUGGGAGUACAAAGUCCCAUCGGUCAUGGACGCGCCGGCCCAGUUCAACGUUUCGAUCCUCAAGGGCUCUGACUUUGCCUACAACGACGCCGGUGGUGUCAAGGCCGUCGGCGAGCCGCCCAUCUCGCUCGCCAUGACGGCCCUCUCGGCCGCCCGCUACGCCGUCGAAGCCUCGCGCGUCGAGCGCGGUCUCCCGCGCGGCUUUGACCUCGCCAUGCCGUUCACCGUCGACCGCGUCCGCACCGCUGCCGCCGUCACUAACAAUGAUCUCCAGCUGUGA